CACCCACUCCCUCCUCCCGCGUUGCAUUCUGUGAAAUAGAGUUUAUGAGCGUUUAGGAAAGAUGGCAGGCGUGCAGCCGCCACCCCUCCGCAGCCUGGAGGAUUUUCUCCUGAGCUCGGCCCGGUUCGCUGUGCCCGACGUGCGCGACCUGGACCGCUGGAACAACCGCAUCAUCAACAACCUGCUGUACUACCAGAGCAAUUAUCUCACGUGCGCACUGGGCCUCCUUCUUUUAGUGGGGUAUUUCCGGCCCUUCCAGUUGCUUGUCGGGGCGUUGGUGGUCACCUUGAUAUUCCUGGGCUUUGUCUGGGUCGCUGAGAACCAAGCUCCAGUUCGUCGUUUCCGUAGAAACCACCCAUCCGUCUCUGUGUUUGCCAUUCUCUUGGCCAGUUACCUCUUCAUAUCGGUGCUGGGGGACGUGGCCGUGUUCCUGUUUGGGAUAGCCUUCCCUAUAAUGAUGGUUCUGGUCCACGCGUCGUUGAGGCUGCGCAGCCUGAAGAACAAGCUGGAGAACAAACUGGAGAGCAUCGGUCUGAAGAGGACGCCCAUGGGACUCCUGUUAGAGGCCCUGGGACAGGAACAAGAGGCUGGCUCCUAGAGAGGAAGAGGAAGAGGAGAUGUGCAGGGAUGGGGAGAUGGGAGAGUUUGGGUGCCAUCUGAAGAGAAAUGGAUGGGAAGAAGAAAAACAUAGGAGGAGAAUUACUGCAGGGCAAGUGGAAGAACAAAAUGAAAAAUGAAGUAGAAAGAGUCAGCUUUGGUUUGUUAAAAUGAACUAAUCAGCAGGAAGAGAUCUCUGGUCCAAUGGGAAGAGGACAGAUGAAAUCAUAGAAAUCAUCCUAACAAACAAAUGAUCGGUAUUGAACUAACUUGACCGGCAUUGACUAACUUCAAAUGAAUUCCAUUUUCAUUAAGUGUUUACAAUAGUGUGUGUGGCAUUGAAAAUGUACUUCAAUGCUUAAAUGAGGUGAAAUUUGAAGGAAAUGGGAGGUUUUAUGUAAAGAAUAAGCUGCUUCAAUUUGACAGAGUUGAUACAGGACCAACAGGAGCAGAUAUGCGAAGGAAACAAAUCCCGUUUUAGAUGAAAACUUUUCAGUUACCACAUUUCUAAGCCUGUAUUUAUCCAGAAUAAAAAGCUUCACUGAUAGAGCUGCCUAUUGGGACUACAGUCCUCCACUGCUGGUCGUCCAGUGCUGGCAACUGGGAGAAGCAAAUUAACAACUUUGAACUUACCCUUAACUCCUUCAUAACUUGUUAAAUUACCACUAGCCAUUAAGUGUGUUGGUCGCUGUGCUUACACUUGUGGUAACUGUACUUUGUAAUUUUCUCUGUUUUUAGCAAUGCUAGUGAUGUGGUUCCUGGGAUAGCAGUGUUGGUCAGUCCACCACUUUAGUCCAAACUGAAAUAUCUCCACAGAUAUUGACUGAACUGCGAUGAUGAUACGUUUGGUGCCCAGAGGAAGAAGCCGACUGACAUUACUGAUCCUUUGAAUUGCCUUAGCAGUCACCAAGUUUUUAAUCAUCCAAUAAAAUAUUUCAAUAUCUAUUGCCAAAACAUUUCUAGCAUGAUCACCAGGUCAAGCUAUAUACAGUACAUGCCAGUGAUUGAGUACGGGACUCGGGACUAGAGUUGCUAUACUCUGUACACUUGACCCGACUUGGAAUUGCACACUUUUGACUCAAGGAUUUAUGAAAUUGGACUUUGGAUGAAGUUUUUGAUCUUUUUUAAGUGUAAUAGGCAGUGAUGGAGUAUUUGAGUCUGACUUAAGUUGCUAUUUUCUGGACUCGACUUGGACGCAAACAAUGGGCACUCGAGACUUGACUCGAACUCGACGGUUGGCGACUCGACUAUAACACUGAUACAUGCAAAUGCUAACAUGCUAAACUAAGAUGACGGACAUGGACUUGACCCGUGAAAUAUUUCAACAUCUAUUGGCAAAACAUUGCUAGCACGAUCACCAGGUCAUGCAAUAUUUCAAUUUCAAUUUUAUGGAUAGUGUCCAAUCAUAAGAGUUAUCUCAAGACACUUUGCAGAUAAAGUCGGUCUAGACUAUACUCUAGAAUUUACAAAGACCCAACAAUUUACCAUGAGCAAGCAUGGUGCGACAGUGGCAAGGAAAAUGUUCCUUGCCAGAAAUCUCGGACAGACCCAGGCUCUUGGUGGGCGGCAUCUGGCACUGCCGGGUAGGACAGACACUGAUAUAGAUUUACAGCUAUAGAGAAAUAUGAUUCAUAAUAAUUAUAUCAGUUGGAAUGAUGAACAGUGGCCCUUUUAGUUACAAUAAAAAUAGUGGAACUAUGACUAGUAAUAAUAGUUGUAGCAGUGAUGGAGUAUUUGAGUCUUGGACUUGUUAUCAAGUUGCUAUAUUCUGGACUUUUGACUUUUGACACUGAUGACUCGAGGAUUUAUGAAAUCAGACUCAGAAUUUGGAUGAAGUUUCUGACCACUUUUAUGUGUAAUGGGCAGCGAUGGAGUGCUGGAGUCCGACUCGAGUUAUUCUCUGGACUCAUGACUCCAGUUGGACUCAAACUCAGGCAAUGGUGACUCGACUCUUGAGUCUCCUUUGGUGUCUCAGACUUGGACUGGAACACAGGGCACUCGAGACUUGACUUGGACUCACUCGACAGUUGGUGACUCGACUAUGACACUGAUACAUGCACUUGCUAACAUGCUAAACUAACAUGAUGAACAUGCUGAACAUAAGCUGCUAAAGAUCCGCAUGUUAGCAUUGGCACUGUGAGCAUGUUAGCAUUCUAAAUUUAACGUUUAACUUACUGAGGACUUUUAGUCUUAUUUAUUAUUUUUGAUCUAUAAUGAAGAGUGUCUAACAAGUCCAAAAUCCCCCCCAACUAGACCUUCGCCUCCAUUACAUUAACGUUUACACUUCAUUGGACAGUAUAUGAAACACGUCCAACAUUGUGAGUUCCAACCCUGUUUGGAUCCCUGUUGUGUAGACAUGAUGGACAGCUGUCUAUUUGAGAAAAGAUUUAAAAAA